AGCCCUUACCUGCUGAGUCCCGUGCCCUUCGCCACCGCCACCACCUCCGCCAUGACCAUGGACCACUACGGCGCUGCCACGCUGGACCCGCACCAGUUCUCGCAAUCGCCCGUGCCGAUGCCCACGGGCCUGCCACCCGACUGCAUGCUGCCCCUCACCACCCAGCUGUCCUCCAGUAGCACCUUCCCGCGUAUACACUACAACUCCACCACGCACUACGAGCAGGGCGAGUUCUCGCCCACCUCCCUGGUGCCGAUGGGAGGAGGAGGAGGAGGAGGAGGAGGAGGGGGUGGGAUGGAUAGCAUCGGGGGCAUCAGCACGGGCACCAUGGGAACCUCCAUGUCCAUGGGAAUGGGCAUGAGCCUUGGAGUGGGGCGCACGGCCGUGAUCACCAGCGGCUCGGCUACCAUCUCAGGUGGCGGUGGGAAGAACCGCCUGCCCCCGAACCUGCUGGACCAGCUGGAGAAGGGCCAGCGCGACGGCUUCAGCACGCUGCAGUUCCACCGAACCUCGGCGGUGGCGGCGGCGGCCAAGCAGCGCACUGACAGCCCCGGACGCAUCCGCUACCUGGUCCACUCGGUGCAAAAGCUCUUCGCCAAGUCCCAGUCCCUGGAGAGCUCGGGAAUGAAGGGCAGUGUGAACGGCCGCUCGGGCCAUGGUGGUGGAGGUGGCGGCGGGUCUUCGUCGGGAGAGGACGCCAAGCACCGGCGCAGCAAGAGUAAAGACAGAGGCACGUCCAAAGGCGAGGGUGGCGGCAAGCGGCGCCCGCGCUCCAACAUGUCGGGCUAUUGGAGCUCCGACGACCUUGACGAGGUCAGCAACUACCGGUCCGCGUCCGGCGCGGGGCCCAUGGCCAUGAUGACGCUGGGGCGGCAGGGGACGGGGCUCGUGCCCGGGCAGGGGUACAACACCAUGCACGGGUACAACACCAUCGGCGACCACUCGCUCAAGCCCUCCAAGAGCAACAACGACCUCAAGUACCAGGGGCUGCCCGCCCUGCCCGGCCCCGGCGGAGGUGGAGGAGAUGGGGGAGGAGGUGGAGGUGGUGGUGGUGGGGGCGGUGGCCGGGCUGGGGGCAUGGUGUCGGGUGGGGACUUUGGGGGGCGAGGGGGCCCUUGGGCCACACUGACGGUGGGGCAGACCCGGCAGGUGCUGCAGAAGGGCUCGGCAACGCUGGACCGCUCGGUGCUGUCCAAGUCCAAGUCGUGCCACCAGGACCUGGCCUGCCAAUACCUGCAGGCGCCCUCUGGAGGUGACUGGAGCAGCACGCUGGGCCGCGGUGGCGGUGGCGGGCUUGGCGGUGGGCUUGGCGAGAUCCCGUGCAGGCGCAUGCGGAGCGGCAGCUACGUGAAGGCCAUGGGGGACCUGGAGGACAGCGAGGACUCAGAGGGAAGCCCCAAGCCCUCCCCCAAAUCAGCAGCGCGCAGACAGAGCUACCUAAGGGCUACACAGCAGUCGCUCAGCGACCAGCUACCACCACGAAACCGGCUGCUGGACUUCUCCAUGUUGCAGGGGGACCUGGAGGCGCUGUGGUCCCCUCUGCAGAGUGUCAGCUCUCUGCACCAGCUGGGCAGGUCAUUGUCAUAUUGUCUUCCUUCUCUUAGAGAGCUCUCUGGGAACCGCAGUCUGGAUAACCUGGACUGCAUUGGGGGCUCGUCUCCUUUCCCCCGCUGGGACGACGAUGACUUCAGCCAGGGCUGCAACACGCUGGGACGCAACAGCUGCCUAAGCCAGAUGCGGGAGAUGGAGAUGAGCCGCUACGGCGACGAGUCCUGUUCGGAGUCGGUGUUCGGGGAGGGCCACGGGCACCCCCACUCCCACCCCCAUCCCCACGCUCGCUCCCACUCGCGGGCGGAGGAGCCCCCCGACCUGCCCAUGCCCACGUGCUUCCGCUCCCGUAGCCAUAGCUACCUCCGCGCCAUCCAGGCCGGCUGUUCCCAGGACGACGACACCGCUUCGGUGGACUCCGACUCGCCGCCGCCCACGGCAACCACCGUACGCACCUACAGUACCAGCACCGUGUCUACCUGCAUAACCACCUGUAAGAAGGUGGCCCCCCCGCCCGUGCCCCCGCGCACCACCUCCAAGCCCUACAUCUCUGUGACGGUGCAGAGCAGCACCGAGUCCGCCCAGGACGGUUACCUGGACAACCACGACCGCAAGACCAACAGCGAGGCCAACAGCCAAUCGGGGCACAGCAACUCCUCCGACAGCUUGGACAGCACGCGCGCCUCGGCCUCCAGCCUGCUGGCCAAAGGAGGGCCACGCCCCCAGCAGCUGCCCGUCGGCCUCCGAGAGCCCCUGCCCUCCGCCGCCGCACCCCCCACCGCCAUCCCCACCGCCACAGUCAUCUCCCCGCCCGAGCCGCGGCCUCUCAUCGCCACCGCUUCCAGUUCCACCAACACAGCCCACAGUGCCACUGCUGCUGCCGCCACCUACACCAACACCAGUACCAGUACCGCAGCCACCGGCACCCAGGCCCAGAAUGAGACGGGCAGCAAGGGCGGCCUGAGCGCAGACGAAGGACCCAUUGAGCCUGUGCCACGCAGGAAGCUGUCUUCCAUUGGCAUACAGGUGGACUGCAUCCAGGAAGUGCAGCGAGUGGAGACCCCGCCCCUGGCCAGAUUUCAGUCGAUUGGCGUGCAGUGCGAGGACGGCUGGCAACUCAGCCGCUCCAGCAGCAUGGCGUCUAAACAGGAGACGGACACAGAGUCCCAAGACUCCGCCCCCACGCCUGGCCCGGGCCCCGCCCACAAGUCCGGCGGCGACAAGAAGUCCGUCACCAUGGUGAACAGCGGCAUCCAGGCGGCCAGGUCGGCCAUGUCCACGUCCACCGACUCGCCGCCCCUCGGCCCGGCGCAGACCUCGCUGGACAACGGCGACCACGACAACGACGAGGACGCCGACGGCGAGGAGGAGGCGGUGACGACCAGCGGUCCCGCCCGCCAGCUCCUGACCAGCCGCUCGGCCACGCGCAGCUCCUCCGACUCCUUCUCGGAGAGCCUGGACCCCGCGCUCGACCCCUCCUCGCUGCCGCCCCCCGAGCCCUGGCUGGAGAGCGGCGGAGGGAGCGGUAACGGCACGGGAGGCCCAGCAGGGGGCGGCGGCGCAGCAGGAGCGGGGGCGGCGUGCCGCAGGGACGGCCACUGGUUCCUCAAGCUGCUGCAGGCGGAGACGGGACGCAUGGAGGGCUGGUGCCAGCAGAUGGACCAGGAGGUCAAGGAGCACCAGCUCUCGGAGGAGGUGUUGGGCAAAGUGCGCAUUGCCGUGGGUUGCGCCCAGCUUCUGAUGUCGCAGAAGUUCCAGCAGUUCCGAGGACUGUGCGAACAAAACUUGAAUGUGAAUGCGAACCCGCGGCCCACAGCUCAGGACCUGGCUGGUUUCUGGGACCUGCUCCAGCUCUCCAUAGAGGACAUCAGCCUCAAGUUCGACGAGCUCUACCACCUCAAGGCCAACGACUGGAAGCUGGACAGAGACUCACCUGACAAACAGGAGACCCAGAAGCCAGCGGCGUCUGUGCCAAAGAAGGCGGCGAAGGGCCGGCCGUCGCUGGGCCGCGAGAAGAGCAGUGACGCGGCGGCCGACAAGCAGAGGCAGGAGGCCCGCAAACGCCUGCUGGCCGCCAAGAGGGCCGCCUCUGUAAAGCAGAACUCCGCCACCGAGAGCGCCGACAGCAUCGAGAUCUACGUCCCCGAGGCCCAGACGCGACUCUGAGACACACACACACACACACGCCAACACACACACAGACGCCCACCCGCGUACGCAACACACACGUGCGGAGGGAGACCACACAGGGGGUGGUGGGGGAUAGUAUUAAGAUUAGCUACCGUACACAUCUAGGACAGGCACAGCAAAAAAAACAUCAAACAUGCAUACACAACAUGUAUGGCGUAAAAGGUUAGAGAUGGAGAGAUGAACAGAUUCAUUGAAGGCAAUAGGGCUACCUAUCGUAUUGCAGGGGUAUGACAUAGUAUACGAGCGGAGACGGUGAUCAGAGUGAUCGGAGAGGAGGAGGAGGAAGGACCUGGACCAAUGCUGAAUAACUGAAAUGUUCUCCAGUCCUCCAGUCCAGUGCACUGUCACAGGGGAAAACACCAUUCUUUAAUUUUGUAUUGUUCAAGACAAGUACUUUGCCUGAAAGGAGAAAAUAAACACCGCAAAACAAAAUGAUAUAAACAAAAAAAAGAGACAAAAAUGAAAAGACUGUUUUGGGAAAAAUAAUGAAAUCCUGACUGAUGCAACGAGACUCCUGGGAGACUUGUGGAGGAGGAGGAGGAGGCGGCGGCAGCAGUGUUUUGCUCUCUUCUAUCUGGCUACCAAGAAUGAAAAACAACCUCACAGAUGCAGACUUCACCAUUAGUACUCCAACUAUUCUUAUUGUUAUUAUUAUUAUUGUUAUUAUUGUUAAUAUAAUUAUUAUUGAAAAUGGUUAUUGAUAAUAUUAUCUCCUUUAAAAAGAAAAGAAGAAGACCUAUAUCAGACUGGUUUAAAUGUUCUAAUAUCUUGGACAAGAGAUCUUCUAAAACGUGUGGACUGGAACCGAGGCAGGACACAUGACAUUUUGGCUCCUGAUCAGCCCUGCCCCCCACCCAACCACCCCACCCCACCCCACCUUCUCCACCCAGCGCUAGUCUGCACAGGACUCCUUGUAAAGCACUGCAAAACACACACAAUUUCACACACACUCUCACUGGCGCACAGACACACUCCGUAAACAUGCGUGCACACAUUAACACACACACGCUCACUCAGUUGAGCACACUCUCUCAUGUCUAAGCGUCUUUCACCAUCGUCUGUCCCUUUUUCUGUCGUUUUCUUUUCUUAUUUUUGUUGGUCCAUCACUUUUCUGUUCCGUUUUGGUUUAUUGAUCUUUUUGUUUAUAGAGUGUUUGUAUGGUAUGUGUGUGUGACUGCCCUGUGUGAUGGAGAGCCUGGAGUGGGGGCGUGUGGGGCUUCCUCCUCCCAUUGGAGAUGGAACAGGUGAAAGGACACGUAUGAGGUGACCUUGAAGACCUGGAACGAGGCUCUGGAGGGCCCCUGAUAUUCCCACAUGCAAACAAACAAACAGAAAAACGACCAUGACGGCAAUUGUUCAAUCUUUUAUUUGACCGGCCCCUCCAUCCCCACCUCCAUAAAAUUGUGUGUUUGUAUGCAAGACCUGUCCUGGGGAGCUCACCUUGUUUGUGUGGAGUAAUAUAAGGUACUGAUAUUUUUGCAGUAUGCCUUGUCUAUGUUGUCCCUUAGCAAAUGGGUGGCCUGCAUUUUGGGGAUGUCCCUGUCUUGUGGGAGGGGAAGGGGGAAGAGGGAGGAGGAGGACGGGGGUGUUGGUGUGAAAAUGUGUGUCUGUGCGACAACCAUUUUGCAACAUGGGCUCAACCAUCCUUUCAGUCAGUCAGUCACACCAGUGUGCCAUGUUGUCGCAUCUCCAGGUGUGAAUCUCUGCCUGCCUUCCUUCCUUCCCCCGCUCCCUUCAUCCCUCUCUGCCUCUGCUUCAGAAAGUCAUCUCCUCCAGUCAAUAGUACUCACUGCUGCCAGAUGACUCGAGGCAGUCUGUGUCUACCUGUCUGUCAUAUUAAAGAUGCCACUCUCCUCCCAUUCUCCUGCCAUAAUAGCGUCCCUCUCUCCCCUUUUCUGUGGAGUGCAGUGUUCACCUGUUCAACCUGGUACUGUGGGACUGUCCAUGGCAGUACAGAGGGAGCACUCACAACUUAGUGCUUCACUGGGGGACAGGAGGGGGAAUAAUUACAAAACAACAACAAAAAUGAAUGCUCAAGAGAUGUGUUAUCGCAGCAGCAGAAUGAAAGUAUACUAUUUAGCUAGUCGAAUGGUUUAGUUUUUUUAAAAGCUGAUGAAAGUUUAGUUUUGAUAGGUCUGAUCUGCUAAAAAAAAAAACACAAUGAUGUCCUCAGUAGAACUGGGGAGCUGUUUUUUUUUCUUUUCUUUUCUUCAUUCCCUCCUAAUUGGUCAUUUCCCUUUUGUCUCAAGUCUUUGAUGAAUUCUUACACAAAUCCCAAUCUGUCCAUGCAAACGCUUUUGGACUUUUAACACCCAUCAGAUCAGCUGCGGUGAUGCCAAUGAUUUAUGAACAACUUCUACCAUCGUAUUCUAUUCUAUUUUAUUGUAUGAGAUCGGACGUUGCCUGCCCCUCGUGGAAAUCUUGUAGCACUACAAAGAUGGUAUUUAUAUUUCAGGGAAACUUUUGUUUCCCCUGUCAAUGUUUUUUUUUGUUGGUUUUUGGCAUGUCCAAACACACUUCAGUGUAUGCAUAUUCUUUUUUUUUUCUUUCCCCUCAAAAAACCACUACUGGGGCUGGCUUGACUGUUCAAGGUGUUUUUUAGCUCAUCCUGAUGGGUAGUAGCAUUGGUCACCCACGUGCUAACACUUUGUUCUUGCACUCGCUACAUUACAGGCUAUCGCCAGUCUUUCCCUGUACAUUUUAAAUGAAGUGAGGCGAAGUGUUUGGGUUUUUGUUUUGUUUUUGUUUUUGUUUGUUUUGGUUUUUUUUUGCGCUUCUUGUUUUUGUAAUUGUGUUGUCAUUUGCCAUUGUUGCUUCCCCCCCAUAUGCCGACCAAGCACAUGUUUUUAUAUUUGAAACAAAAAAGAUCAAUCAUUAAAUUCAGUUACACUACGUUUCA